AAAAAAAAAUUUCUUUGGCAUUCAAAUUGUUCAUUAGGGUAAAAACCCAAGUUUUAUUAGUUUAAAUAAAUCCAAUUUUGGAUUAUGGCUACAAAAGGCUUUGUGAUUUAUCUAUUAGCAGGUUUUUCUGUGGCAUUUCUAUCAGUUUUCUUUGUGCAGAACUUCAAAAAUGGUGAUUUUGAGCCAAAAUUUUAUCAAAGUUCCAGUCUUUUGCAACGACCCAUUGGAUCUGAAGACAAUGUUUGGCCGGAAUUGGAGUUUAGUUGGAAGAUUGUUUUGGCAACUGUGAUAGGAUUCUUGGGGUCAGCUUGUGGUACUGUGGGCGGUGUCGGUGGAGGUGGCAUAUUUGUUCCUAUGCUUACUUUGCUUCUUGGAUUUGACACCAAGUCUGCUGCUGCUAUUUCCAAAUGUAUGAUAAUGGGGGCAUCAGCAUCAUCAGUUUGGUACAAUUUAAGGGUACCACAUCCAUGCAGAGAAGUACCUAUACUUGAUUAUGAUUUGGCUCUAUUGUUUCAGCCCAUGCUCAUGUUAGGCAUCACACUUGGUGUUUCUCUCAGUGUUGUCUUCCCCUACUGGCUCAUCACUGUCCUCAUCAUCAUCCUCUUCAUGGGGACUUCAUCAAGAUCAUUUUUUAAAGCCAUUGAGAUGUGGAAAGAAGAGACAAUUCUCAAGAAAUCGAUGAAAGAAGUUCCAGUUAAUUCACGUGGUGAACUUAUUAUUGAUACAGUUUACGAGCCACUGGUCCCUAAGGAGGAGAAAACCGCCCUGGAAAUUUUUAAGUUCAACCUUAAUUUGAAGCGAAUCAUGGUGCUCUUUCUAGUAUGGUUCGUAUUUCUACUUCUUCAAGUGUUCAAGAAUGAUCUAGUGGCUUGUACUCCUUUGUAUUGGGUGCUCAACUUAAUACAGUUUCCCGUAGCACUGGCGGUGUUUGGAUAUGAAUGUGUGAAAUUGUACAAGGAAAGCAAGAAGAGGAGACUAGAAGGGAACCUAGAGUCAAUAUGUGAGGCUGAUAUUCAAUGGACUGCCACAAACCUUAUAUUUUGCGCGCUUUGUGGCAUAUUGGGAGGCACUGUUGGAGGAUUGCUCGGAUCUGGUGGUGGAUUCAUUCUUGGCCCUCUUCUUCUUGAGAUUGGAGUUAUCCCUCAGGUAGCUAGCGCGACAGCAACAUUUGUGAUGAUGUUCUCGUCAUCUUUAUCAGUUGUGGAGUUUUAUCUCCUCAAGAGAUUCCCAAUUCCUUACGCUCUAUACCUCAUGAGCGUAUCUAUUCUUGCUGGCUUUUGGGGACAAUGCUUCAUAAGAAAACUUAUCGCAAUUUUAAAGCGAGCAUCGAUCAUUGUGUUCAUACUCUCUGGUGUCAUUUUCGCCAGCGCUCUCACAAUGGGGGUGAUCGGUAUAGAGAAGAGCAUCCGUAUGAUCCACAAUCACGAGUUCAUGGGGUUCUUGGAUUUCUGCAGCAGUCAAUAAUUGUGUAUUUCGGCUAGCAAACUACAUGUAAAGAGCAGCGACGCAGUACAAGAGAUGUUGGCCAAUGCCUAAUUGACCAACCACUUGAAUAUUCAUAAAACAAAGUAUAGUAUGUGAUUGAAAAACGGGUAAUUUGCUUGUGUGUUAACUAGCGUUAACACCAGCAUCGACAACCAUUUUUCUUACAUUAGCUUUUAUAGUUGUCGUACAGAGUAAAAUGUUAGUGUGACUACUGUCUUGUGAGUUAGCUACCGCUAACGCCAGCCAGAGCCACACGUAUUUUUCAAUGGUUGUGACUGAGUAUUGCAUUAUUUCUAUUUGCUUUAUUUUUGUAUUAUUGAACUGGUUCUGUCUGAGGGUUAGCUAGCGCUAACGCCAGCGGAGUCCUCCUCCACCACCACCACCAUUUGUAUUUUUACCGUGUUAUAUUGAUCACUUGCUGUGGAAUGAAGUUUUUGAUUCUUUCUA